AUGGACACGCCCAUGCCGAAACGGCCUCGCCUCGUGCCGGCACCAGCGCCGGCGCCUCGGACAAUCGCCGACAUGGCCCCGGAGAUCCUCCUCCGCCUCCCUCCGGACGACCCCACGCGCCUUGUGCGCGCCUCCCUCGUCUGCUGGCGCUGGCGCCACCUCCUCACCGACCCAGCGUACCUCCGCCGCUACCGCGCAUUCCAUCGAACACCUUCCAUGCUCGGCUUCGUCCUCAACCUGAAGCAGCAUUACCAAGGCAUGGCCCAGCUCGUCCCCACCUCCUCCUUCUGCCCCGCCGCCUCCGACCGCCCCGACCUGAAUGUGCUGGACGCCCGCCACGGCCGCGUGCUCCUCCACACCGCUCAGGGCCAGCGCCUCGUCGUCUGGGACCCCGUCAAGGGUGAGGAGUUCAAGAUCCCCCGCGUGCCGGCCUACGCGCUUGGCUUCAACGCGGUCGUGCUCUGCGCCGCGGUCGGCUGCGACCACCUCGACUGUCAUGGCGGACCCUUCCGUGUCGCCUUCAUGGGAUGCGGCGAACAUGGCAUCACGUUCGCCUGCACCUACUCGUCGAAGGCCGGUGCCUGGAGCCAGUGA